UUCAAUCAAGCACCUUUUGACCAGCGCCGCCUCGCCAUUACUCCCCGCGACCCCCGAAUCAAAGCCAAGAGGCACUGAGGCCGGAGCGAGCCUGCAGAGAAGCGAGGCGACGGAGGAGAGGAGCCGCCGCCGCCUCAGCAGCAGCAGCAGGAAGAUGAAGGCCGUCGGCCCGAACGCCACCGUCGACCUUGAGGGCCUGGAAUGCACCUUAUGCUUCAGCCCCCUCCGGCCUCCGGUCUUCCAGUGGGAAACUUCUGAUAUUCUUCAUCCGCAUCUUCUUUGUUCGACCUGCUAUGUGGAGCUCCCGGAGAAGAACAAGUCUGGCUGCACCCGGUGCUUCGCAGUAGAGCGUAUACUGCAGUCUAUCCAGGUCCUUUGCCCCUAUGCGGAGUAUGGCUGCACAGCCAAGAUGCCCUACCAUGAGAUGGAGGAGCAUGAGAUGAAGUGCAUGCACGCGCCAUGCUUCACUGGAUCAAACGAAGGGCAGCCCAUGGCCCUGCACGAUGGGUUACCGUCGGACUCUUACACUUUUGUUAUCCAAAAUGUAUCUCGCAUCAAUAUCAAUAUCAACAAUCGUGAGAGCAAGAAGAAGCAUGAUAAGAAGAGUUCCACUUGUGAUAAUCAGUGCUCAGCGGGGUCGGUUGUGAAAAUGGGUCCUUGCGGCGGUGGUGGCGGCAAACCAUGGAAGAUGGACAUGCGUGGUGUCAACCGUAUCAUUAAGGUGGUUGUUCGCCACGGCGCCGCGGUCGACGCCAUGUCGGUGUUGUAUGAGCGGGAUGGCCAGAAGGAAAAGACCAAGCUGUGGGGAGAAUCUGGGGGCAAGCGCUCGGAGAUCUGUUUGGAGCCAGGAGAGCACUUGACAAACAUCAGAGGCCACUACGGCUUCUUUAACGGCUGGUUCGUGAUCAGGUCGCUCACUUUUGUGAGCAACUGCCGCACUUUUGGGCCGUACGGGGAGGAGACAGGCACGGCAUUCAAGCUCCCAGGAGCCGGCGGCAAAAUUCUUGGCUUCCACGGGCGUUCGGAAGGCCUCCUGGACGCUCUUGGCACAUAUGUCAAGAUGGGCUAGGUAUGGACAUCUCCUCUCAUGACUGGGGAGGGGAUAUUUGAGGACUCGGGAUGCUAUGUAAUGCUUAAUCUAGGUAGGUGCUUACUCUGAACUCUGUUAUGUGAUGCGUUUCUUUUGCUUCUGCUGUAUCGCAUUCGCAUGUUGGUUGAUGAAGGAACAUCCCGUAGAGUGAAUGCUAUACAUAAACUAGAUGCUUGAAACCUGGUGCUCGUUUCCUAGUUUGAUCGAGUGAAUGUAAUGACUAAUGAGGACAGGUAGACCGUGUGUUUGCUACUGUUAAAGCAUGAACCUCGAACAGUCUGCUUCGUGCUGAAUUGCUGAUGUUCUAAACUAGUAGGGGUUCCGGCUGA